UUUUUUUUUUCUCUUUUUCUUUUGGUCUAUUAUGCUUUUCAUGGAAUUCUUUUCAUCAAUGGACUUCUUGACCUGUUCUUCUGGCAGGUCAAUUCUGGUUUUUAAUCUGCUUAUUACUUCAUUUGAUUUCUGUGUCUCUCUUUCCAUUUGGCCAACUUUGCUAUUUAAGCUGUUAGUUUUUGCAUUACAUUCAUUUCUUUUUCCCACUUUUCUUGAGUUCCUCCAGAACUUGUAACCAGUUUCUUUUUUUUUUUUUGAGAGUUUCCUUGUGUUUACUUGUUUCUUACCCUCUUUUGAUGCUUCUUUUUUUGCUCAUUUUCUCCACAGAAAUUUUCCAGGGUCAAGAGCUUAUUUUAUGCUGCUGUUUACUCAUUUUUCCACAGGAGGAGUGGAGUCCUGCAAGUUGCUUGUUAUUUCUAUCUUAGCUUCUGGCUCAUAGGGCUUUGCCUUCACUUCCCUGUCAGAGGAUCAGGGAAUGAACCCAGUACUAUAUAGAGCUCUGACCCUUACCUCUAGGACAUGGGAUUUCCAGGGGUAGAUCUGCAGUGUUUUUCUGUUGGUGUAACCUGCUUCUCCAUGUUUUGCUCAGUUCCCUGCCACUACCAUUGCCACUGAUGCUACUGCUGAGUGAAUCCAGUGCUAUUACGUUUCUAAUCUCAUUGUCAGGGCUUGGAAUCUCCAGGAGUAGGUCUGUGGUGCUUUUUCUUUGGUGUAGCCCACCUCCUAGAAUUCAAAGGUUACCAGGGUCCUGGUUCUUCUUCUGGCACAGUAGAUGGGGGAGGGUGGUCAGCCUUCACCUUUCCUUGUGUAGAUUUUCCUCCUUAUAAUAUGGAAAUCUCUUACCGCCUACCUGUCACAGUGUCCAGGGGGAGAGCCCCUUUGCUUGUCCUGCUUUGACUUCUGUCCUUUUGAGAUGUUUCUUAAAGAUUGGUUUAGAAGGAUAUUCAGAGCAACUUUAGAGUUUCUUUGCUACUCUGCCAACGUCUUGGCUCUGCCUACUAGCAAGGAAAAAUUUGAUCCCAGAUUUCUCUGACUUCAAAAACAAGCAAUAUUUUUCACUAUUUCACUUGACCUCUCACUCUAGAAUUAAAAACUUAGUAGUUUUAUGCUAUACAAAAAGUAAGUCCUCUGUGGAAAGGACCUGGGGUGCAUGGGUGAGAGGUGCAGAGCUCGAGAGUGGGCACACAGGUAUCCAGUUGUUUAGAACCAAUGGGCUAUUUGAUUGUUAGUAUGGCUUUGAGACAAAGCAACUUGUAUUCAAUGGGACCAGCAAUAUAAUCCCUGCAUAUCCAUCUAAACUGGCUGGUCUCUUAGAGAUGAGUGGGGCAACUCUGACUGCUGGUGGACAAAGGACAACUAAUAUUUUAUGAUGUCAUCAACAACUCAGAUCCCUCACCUGGUUAAAGGCACCUAAAGACUCUGUCUAACUAUAGGUAUCUAAAGAAGCAUCUUUAGCUUUCACUGCAUCCUAGAACCCCAGACCUCUCAGGAGAGAGUGCUAUUUUUUUCUUAAUAGACUGAUCAUAUUUUUAGUUACUCUAUUUUUGCAUCUGAGGACUUAGUCCCUUUGCUUUCCUCUCUUGGGAAAGCUUAUUUGCCACCAAGGACAAAAAAUUACAAAAGAAUUGUCAACUCCUGAUCUUCAUAGCCUGUUUCCAGAUCUUCUUGAAGUUCUUACUGGAAAUCCUUUAGUAACCAAAUGGGGAGAAGACCAAGGAUAUUUCCCAAAGAAUUGGUCCAGUUCCCUCAAAAUAGCCUGUAUCACAAGGCUUCUUCAGUGCUGUUACCAUGUCCCCCACACCGGAUUUCACCAUUCUGGGAAAAAGAAUACAAGUCAAGGGCUGAACUGAUGUCACUCCUCAACAAACCUCAUAGCCCUCAAGCACCACAUUGUUCCUACCAGAGGAAUACCCAAAAGCAGUCUCCACCUUGGCUCAAAAAUCCAGCUUUCCAUUCUAAGAUGCCCCAACUUCAUCCCAGAGCAAUGGCAGUGCCAUUGCCCCAUCUUCAUCAUCUGGCUAAGCCAUCCCCUCAUCACAAACACCCUACAGUGACUCCAGUCUUGCCUCAAUCUCGGAAUGAUAUCCCAACCAGAAAAACAACUACAACUUUAACUCCUAUUGAACAAUGUCUCAUACCUCCUUUGGGCUCCAAAAACCACCUUGAAUCUUCUUUGGAUUCUGAGCAUCAUUUGGAGACUCUUUCAGGCUCUGACCACCUUCCCAAGAUUUUCCCAGUCUGUGACCAUUCAGUUAUUGAGGAUCUAACACAUCUCAACCAGAAGGAUCCAACUCCACCUUUCCCUGACCACCAGACUAAGAUUGCAUUACGUGAAAGACCCAGAUCCAGACCUAGUAUAGCCAGUAUAGUCUCUGACACCCAAACAGCAAACAUUAAGCCUUUGUUAAGAACUCCCACACCACCGGCCAGGGUUUUUCCAAAACCUAAGCGCCGGAUCAAGGCUGCCAAUGCACUGUUAGGACUUUUCAACAUAGACCCUGUACUUCAACCAAUUGCAAAAUCAUUACCUUGUCCCAUCUGGACCAGGACUCCAAAUUUCAGAACAUCAGUCAUAGACUACUGGGUCAAUUCCCAAUCUCUGAAGGAAGCACAAACAUCCAGGGACACAUUAUCCCUUUUACAAUGCCUAAAUCAUCAACCUGGACCACUUGCUGCACCUACAACACAUCUGAAUCAGAGAAACCAGUCUACAACUAUAUGUAGAUACAAUCCUCACCUGCUAUGUAGGCCAAGCCCUAUUGCCCAUGUCUCAGUUCAAACUGAUUAUGACAGCUGGGAAAAUAGGCUGCUGAGAAAGUACCUCCUGGAAUCAUGUCCCUGUAGUCCUGUACUGGAAUCUCUAACUACAACAUCAGAGUCUACAGCUAGAACACCAGAACCUACAGCUACAACAUCAGAGCCUACAACUACAAUGCCAGAGUCUACAGAUAGAACACCAGAGCCUACAGCUACAACAUCAGAGCCUACAACUACAAUGCCAGAGUCUACAGCUAGAACACCAGAGUCUACAACUAGAACACCAGAGCCUACAGCUACAACAUCAGUGCCUACAACUACAAUACCAGAGUCUACAGCUAGAAGAUCAGUGCCUACAUCUAAGACAUCAAAGCCUACAGCUACACUCUCAGAGCCUACAGCUACAAUACGAGAGCUCACAGCUACAACAUCAGAGCCUGCCCUUCAUGUUUCCAUUAAAACUGACAAAGACUCAGAAGUUGUAUCCCAAGAAACAGAUGACCAGGACACAUCUGAAUCCAAAUCUGGUCCAGAAACUGACUCAAUACCAGAGCCUGCUGUCCAUAGUUCCAUUCAAACAGAUCAGAUCCCCUGGGAAGCAAUAUUCCCAGAAACAGACUUACAGGAAAUAUUUUCAUCCAGUCCUGAACCAGAGACUGACACAACAAGAGAACCUACCAUGCAUGUCUCUGUCCAAACAGAGCUAACAGACUCCUGGGAAAUAAUAUCCUCAGAGACAGAUGAGGAUGAAAGUCUAGCAGACCAGGAUGACAGAAUAGCUCUACUGGACUUAGACCCCCAGGAUGCUACUCUAUCUAGCCCUCAGCAGUGGGCCACACCUCCACCCACUCCUUAUCCCUGGGCUGAGGAUAUGCCAAACAACAAUGCCCUGGUCAUGUUUCAUCCAGAAUUAAAACAACGGCAAGCAAUUUCCCAGAAAAUAGAUCAGCUGGCUAUAGUUUCACCCAGGCCAGACCUGGUCAUUGAGGCUAUAUCGGAACCCAUUGUCUAUGAGUCAGUUCUAAUAAAACAAGAGGCCUGGAAAACAACACCUCCAAUCCUACCAGGAAUAUCUGAUCACCAGGCAAUAAUAACAGAGGAAAAUCAUGAGAUAACACCUCCUCUGGACUUAAAUGGCCAAGAUACAGUACUUGCUACCCCUGCCAAGGCAACCACACCUCUGCCCAGCCCUGAUCAGCAGCAAAGUGAGAAUAUAUACAAUCAUGAUGCACAGGUUACACUUGAUCAGAAUUUAGAACAAUGGGCAACACAAUCAGAGGAAACUGAUCUCAAGGAAAACUCAGAGACUGAGCAUACUCCAGAUGUCACUGAUCCUAUCUCAGAUAUGAUUGAGGAAGAAACUUUUGAAAUCAUAGAUAUAAUGCCAUUGAGAAUAGAGUUUGAGGAAACAAAUGAAAUAGUCAAGGAUCACUGGGCAAUAUUUCUUCCCCUGGACAGCAAUGAUGAAGAAAAUACUGUAUCUGGACCUGACCACCCCUCGGCCACACUACUCAUAUCAUCCUUCAGCUCUGACCAGAAGCAAGCAUCUGAGACUACCUCAAGUGACCUUGCCCAAGACUUAGCUCAAAUAGAACAAGAGUAUGAAGAAAUGUCACCAUCAAGAAUAGAACGAGAGACCACAAUUCUAGCAGGCCAGGAUGAAGGGGCAACGCCUCCAGUGGACUUAGACCCUCAAAACCCAGCUCCACUUGUCCUUGAACUCCAGAUCACACCUCCACCCAGCCCUGACCAGCAACCUGAAGAUAUACUAGAUUCCAGUGACCAAGUGUCACUUCAGCCAGAAUCUGAACAUUCUAACCCAAUGUCACCAGAAACAGAGCUUCAAAAACCCAUUGUAAAAGAAGAGUAUAAAAGAGUAACACCACCAAUGAGCUUAGAUCACAAGGUGGAAAUUAUUGUAUCUAGCCCUGAUCACUGUCCAACUCCCCCAUCCAGCCCUGAGAAACAGUCAGAACCUAUUCUGCAUCUCAGUAUCCAGGCUACAUCUCCAACUAAUAGAAAGCACUCAGCAAAAUUGUCUGAAGGUCAAGAGAAAAUCACACCUCUUCCUAGCCCUAACCCCUCAGUCCCUCCUCCAGCUGUCUUAGAAAAACAGGCUAAAGCUGGAACAGAUCCCAUCAACCUGGCAAGUACAGCACCAGUGAGCUUGGAUGAUGAUGAAACAAUUCCUCUAAGUCCUGAGAAGACCACAUCACCACCAAGUCCCAAUCACCAGACUGAGCCUCCAACAGGCCAUGACCACCAGCCUGAGACUAAGCUGAGCUAUGACCACCAAGAUGAGGUUGAAUCUGGGUUUCAACAUCAGUCCCAAAUUGUGCAAAAGAGACAACCUGAAUUACGUUUAAAUUAUAUCAAACCAUACACCAUCUUGGGGGGAACUGUCUCUGACAAAACUGUUCAUGCUAUCAUUAAUUCCAUCCCUCAGGAAAGAAUAAAAAAUGACAUCUCUAAGCAGAUUCUCCUACCUAUGAGUCUUGAUAGAUACAGCCCAUGUGAAUACAUGGUUUGUUUAAUUUGCUCCUCCUGGAUCCCAGAUGGCUGUCCACAUGAAGGGAUGAAAUAUCCAUGUGAAGCCCAGUUACUGGCUACACCAAUAUCUAUGUCCAUGUCAGAGGAGUUGAUUAAUGUGACAUUUUCCCUCAAAUGUCCCCAGGCAACAGCCUCUGCCCUUUUUUGCUCCUCAGACAUCCCCCGUAGAAAUUUGAAACAGUCAUCAGAAGACGUAGAAUCAAAUCACUCAGAACCCAUGGUCACUCUUCAAUCAAGGCCAAAAUGGCUUCACUUCAUACUAAGCAAAUCUCUCCCACAAGGGAAGAAAGACAUCUCUAGAAGCCCAGAACCAUCCAUAGACAAGGUCUUUGAAGAAGGAAGAGAAGGGGAGAUGGCCAGGAUACAACGGACGACCUUUAGAUCUCUACUGGAGAGAUUUCAAUGGAGGUUAAAGGGAAACUAAAUGUCUAUCUUUAUCUUUGAAAGAAAUUGAGAAUUCCCCCUGUGUAUUUUUAAAAAUUGUGUCUAAUUUUGAGUCUUAAUUAUUAUUUUAGGUGUUACAAAGAGAUUAUAACCCUGUCUCUUCUUUUCAGUUCAAGAGGGGGACAAUGAUUAUAGGGAGAAUGAAUUCUUCACUUCGUCUUCUUCUCAUCCUAUAGCCUAUGGAGCCCCUUUGGUAAAUAUGGGAGAAUGUGGACAGUACUCACAAAGAGUGGGCAUGCAUGGAUGGAUUCCAACCUGUGUUUUUGUUGGAAUUAUCCAAAUCAAUGAGAUCACCUGUGUAUUUGAGUUUUGAGCCAAACAGACUGUAUAAAGAAUUAAUGGCUCCCCAAAGACCAAAAAAAAAAAUCCAUUCUUUGCUUUCCUCACAUUUACAGAAAUUUAGUAAAUGUUUCUCUAGGUUAAAAUAUGACUAUGAAUAACCUACAAACCUCUUUAUCCUAACUCAACUUCAUCACCUAAAUCCUACCUUCAAAAAAUAUAUACAUUACAAAAUCACAGGAUUUUAGAGUUGGGAAAAAAACCUCAGUAAGUUUCUAAUCCAGUCUUUUCCACAGAAUUCUCCACUAUGAUAUACUCCAAAAUUGACCUUUUUGAAGACUUCCAAGGAAUGAUAACCUAUAACCUCAUAUGAUGACUCAUUCUGCUUUUGUAGAGUUGUAAUAAUUGCU